GAGGAUAUGCCGCCAUUGUUCUAGAGCCUUCCAGACCGAGAACCUUCCGAAAUCCGCAGUUUCCCUUUCCCUUUUAUCUCCUCCUCCGUUUCCAUUUCCCAUUCGCCACGAUCUCUCUAAACGCGCCACUAAAUUCUCUCUCCGACGUACUGUUUCCUCUCCCAAGCUCCGAUAAUGGCCAAGUUCGGCGAGGGCGACAAGCGGUGGAUCGUCGAAGAACGGCCCGACGGUACCAAUGUCCACAACUGGCACUGGGCGGAGACCGAUUGCCUCGAAUGGUCCCGCAAUUUCCUCUCCAAGCUCCUCUCUGACCUCCUACUUCUCGACGAUGAGGGCGGCCUUUUCAUCAAGAUCAAGAAGGUCGACAAGGUCGAUGGAGAGGCGUAUGUCAAUAUUCGGAAGGGGAAGAUCAUUCCUGGUUAUGAACUCAGUGUCACUCUCUCUUGGGAAGGCGAGGCUAAGGAUUCCGAAGGUAAAUCUCUGCAGAAGGUUGAUGGGCUUGUCGAGAUUCCAUAUAUUUCCGAUGAGAACGCCGAUGAGGAUCCUGAAGUUAGGGUUUCUGUGAAGGACGAAGGGCCGAUUGGGAAGAAAAUGAAGGAGGCUAUGUUGGCGAAGGGGAAGCCGAUUGUGUUGGAGAAGGUGAGGUUGUACGUACAGAGUAUGGCUAAGGGUGGGCCUGCGAAGGAUGACUUAGAGGCUAAAAAGGUGGAGCCGAAGAGUAAUCAAUCGGCUCCACCUGCAGCAGCGAUGGCGGCUGCCCCUGCGGCAUCAAAGCCAGCAGUGGUGGCGGAGAAGAAGAAAGCCAAGAAAGGGUUCAAGACGAUAACGAUGACCGAGAAGUUUAGUUGUAGGGCUAACAUUUUGUUUGAAAUUCUCAUGGAUGAUAAUAGAUGGAAAGGGUUUACUCAGAGUAAUGCUAAAAUUAGCAAGGAAGUGGGUGGAGAGAUCAGUAUAUUUGAUGGGUCUGUGACUGGGAAGAACUUGGAAUUGGAAGAGGGAAAGUUGAUUGUGCAACAAUGGAGAUUCGGAAGCUGGCCUGAUGGCAUUCAUUCGACGGUGAAAUUAACAUUGGAGGAGCCGGAGCCUGGGGUUACCAUUGUGAAGUUGAUACAUUCCGACGUGCCGGAGGAGGACAGAUAUGGGAACGCAACUGUAGUGGAGAACACGGAGAGGGGCUGGCGGGAUCUUAUUUUCAACAAGAUCAAAGCAGUUUUUGGGUUUGGAAUAUGAUAGGGUUAGUACAAAAGUCCCUUGGUUUCUGCAUAUCUCCAUGAAUGAAAUAGAGAUUUGAAAUGCCUAAUUUUCUAGUGAUCAAAUGAUGGUGUUGUUCUUACAGUGUGUUGUGUUCCAUCCAUAUUGAUGAAUCAAAAUUCAUGGUUUUGGACUGAAGUCUUGAAUUAUACAAUUGUCAUCUAAUCUCAUUAUCAUAACAACAUUUUGUCUUGUCGGCUGUA